AGUCGAGCUCGCCGGGGUCAGAGGCCGGCUGUGUUGAUGUUGACACUAGGCCGGGCCCGCAGACGGGCCGUAGUAGUAGUAGUAGCCGCCGCCGCUGCCGCCUCUCUCUCUUUCCGGAGACCGCGAAAAGCCCGAAAGCCUCGGAGGAGAGAGCGGGGCCGAGGACGACCCGGUUGGUGUGGGCUGCUUGGGAGAAGCUCCGGCGCCUCGCUGGGAAUUGACGGACGCACUCCCUACUGAGCGGCGGCGGCGGGGGAAGCGAUGCGCUGAGGUUGAUCUCGCCAUCCGGGCAUCUGCCGCCGCCUUCCCCGCUUCCCUCAGAGAGAGCCCCCCGCUUCCCGCUCACGGCUGGCCCUUCCUCCAUCUCCCCCGCGUAGCCCUCUUCAUCCGGGUAACCCUGCCUGUUUCUUAGCCCUCCUCAUCCGGGUAACCUGCGGGGCCCCCUUGGCCCUCUCCGUCCCCGGUGCGCGGCCCUCCGCCUCCUAUCACGCGCUCCUCUCUCCCGGGCGCCUCUUUCUCCUCCCCCCCCCGACCCUUGACCCACAUUCGCCCUCCCAUCCGGGCCCUGUUCGAGCCCACCGCCCCCCGUCGUUGGGGCAACUGUCACCCCUUGCCCCUUCCAUCCGGGCCCCUUGAACCUUCCUCCCCGCCGGUCUCCGGGCCCUUCCCUCUCCCUCUCCCCGCGCCCGCCCUUGCCAUGACUAUCCUGCCCAAGAAGAAGGCCUGCCCGUCAGCGGGGGACGGCGAUAGGGACCAGCCUGGCUCCCGAGGGGGAGGCCCGGGGGGUCCAGGGGGCCCCGGCGGUGUCGGAGGUCCAGACCCGCGAGGCUGCUCGGGCUCCGACUCGCACUCGCGAGGCCCCGGCGGAGGCGUCGGGGGAGGAGUCGGUCCUGGCGACCCGCACUCGGGGCGCGGGGGCGCCCGUCCCAGGGCCUCGCCUCCGCCCCCGCCGCCCCGCUGGGGGCUGCCCCCCGCCGGGUCCCCCCCGCCGCCCAACCCCGGAGUCGGAGCCGGCGGCGACGGGCCCGGCCUCGGCCUGCUGGACCCCGGAGUGGCUGAGGCGCGGGGCGGGGUCGGUGGCGGCUGCUGCUCCGGCCCCGGGCACAGCAAGAGGCGGCGGCGCGGAGGGUCUGGCGGCGGGCUGGGAGCCGCGGGGCCCGGGGGAGCGGGAGGCAACAGCCCCGAGCAGGAUGAGGCCGGCGCCGGCUACAACAGUGAGGACGAGUACGAGACAGCGGCGGCCCGUAUCGAGAGCAUGGACCCGGCCACCGUGGAGCAGCAGGAACACAGGUUCGAGAAGGCGCUGAGAGAGAAGAAAGGGUUCAUCAUAAAACAGAUGAAGGAAGAUGGGGCCUGCUUGUUCCGGGCUGUGGCUGACCAGGUAUAUGGUGACCAAGACAUGCAUGAAGUGGUCAGGAAGCACUGUAUGGACUACUUGAUGAAGAAUGCUGAUUACUUUUCAAAUUACGUGACAGAAGAUUUCACCACUUACAUCAACCGGAAGCGGAAAAACAACUGUCACGGCAACCAUAUUGAGAUGCAGGCUAUGGCAGAGAUGUACAACCGACCUGUGGAGGUUUACCAGUAUGGCACAGAGCCCAUCAACACUUUCCAUGGCAUCCAUCAGAAUGAGGAUGAGCCCAUCCGAGUGAGCUAUCACCGCAACAUACAUUACAACUCUGUGGUGAACCCCAACAAGGCUACCAUUGGUGUGGGACUGGGGCUGCCCUCCUUCAAGCCAGGGUAUGCAGAGCAGUCCUUGAUGAAGAACGCAAUCAAGACAUCCGAGGAGUCAUGGAUUGAGCAGCAAAUGCUAGAAGAUAAGAAGCGAGCAACUGACUGGGAAGCAACCAACGAGGCCAUUGAGGAGCAGGUUGCCAGGGAGUCUUAUUUGCAGUGGCUGCGUGACCAGGAAAAGCAGGCCAGACAGCCCUGCAAAGCCAGCGCUACCUGCAGCUCCGCCACGGCGGCUGCAGCCAGCGGUUUGGAAGAAUGGAGUGGCCGCUCGCCACGUCAGCGCAGUUCGGCAUCUUCCCCAGAGCACCCCGACUUGCACAAUGAGCUGAACGCUGCCAAGCCACCUUCCCCUGGGAGCACCGCAGCUCUAGCACUUACAAAGCCCCCCUCGCCGUGUGCUCCUGGUACAAGCAGCCAGCUUUCUGCAGGCGGUGGCCGAGCAACCCCUCCCUUAGUGUCGUUGUAUCCAGCCCUGGAGUGUCGGGCAAUAAUGCAACAGAUGUCACCCACAGCAUUUGGCUUGAGCGACUGGGAUGACGACGAGAUCUUGGCUUCGGUGCUGGCGGUUUCACAACAGGAGUACUUGGAAAGCAUGAAGAAGAGUGCCCUGCACAGAGACAGUGGUUCAGACAAGAGUUGAUAACUCGUUUGCAUCUCCUGUGUUCGCCUGACACCCCUUAGGUGCAUGUUUUGGCAGGACGGAUGAUAAUACCUGGGACCCCUCCCCUCCUCUGCUGCUGCUGAUCAAAGCUCCUUCGGCUGCCCUUUUGCCCCGUCAUUUUUUUGGCUCUUUGCAUCCGACCUCCAAUGUGCUUGGGGGGAGAAGCGAGAGAAGGACAGGACCUCCUCUGCAAGGAGCUGGAACACGCACAAACUGGGGCAUGCCGGGCUUCGCCCUUCAUCGGCCGUUCCUUCAUUAUUGAAUAUAUCUAUAUAUAUGAUCCAAUCCUAAAGUGAGACCUCCCCAGUUUUGAAUGGGAGGGUUGCAGUUUGCUGAUAGGGUGGUGGGAAGGUGGACUUCAGGUUGGGUUUUGGGGAGUGGAGAGAAGCGCGGCUGCUUCUGUGGAAGCAGAGUGUGACCGCAGGGCCCACCAGGUUCCCUCACCCUUUGGAGCUGGGGAUAUAAUAAUGUUCAAGCAUGAAGGGGGUUGGGGGGGGGCUAGCAUUGUGUUAACGGUUCUUUCACCUGCCCCCUUUUAACACUAGUAUCCUGGCUUCUAACAGAAGGGUCUUAAAUGGAGUGGGUCCCUAAACCUACAACCAUUUGAAAUCACUCCGCCUUCAUCUCUGAGGAACAGCUCUGGUCAUCUGCAGGAGGACCACCUCCAUGGCUGUUUUUUCUUGCUCCAGCCUCUCUUCUCUUUCCCACUUGGGCGUCAGUCGCUGUUUGUUCACAUGUGGCCCCUGACAUGUGGGAGUGGACCACAGGCUCCCGACUUUUUGCCCAGCCACGUGGUCUCCCUGACGCUGUGCUUGUUGGCUUUCUUGGCCUCUCCCGCUGCUGACUCUUCUGUUCUCCCGGUGCCUAACAGCGGGGUGGGGAGGGACAGGGGGGUGGGGUGGAGAACACACCACUUGUCAUUCCAUGUCAGCACUUCCUAGGAAUGGGCCAGGCCUUUAUAGCUGCAUCAUGGAAAGGAGGUGUCGGUGACAAAAUGGGACUCUGGCACAAGAUCAGAAGCUGUAGGCGACAACUCUACAAUGUUGGGAAGCUCCCAGGUUGUCCUGUGAUGAAAAUAGACCUUGAAUCACAGAGUUGGGACCCAUGCAAAUGGCGGGGAAACCCGUCCCACGAGGACCCUAGACUGUUGGCAGGCUGGCCUGAAGGUAAAUUAACUCCUAGAAAAGAAAGAUCUCCGGCAACCUUACCUCUUCCGAGUGUGGUGUCUUCCUAAUUACCGCUGUGGUUAUACAAUCCACCUAAUGUGGUCAUUUAUUUUCUAUUCUCGAAUCCUGGGUGUGAACAAAUGUUUCUGCCUUCCCCAUUCAUGCAAGGGGCACAGCACCAGUGCACUCAACUACUCCUGCAGCUUCAUGUUGUGUCCAAAAUUCAUGAAGGGCCGGGAUUUGCUAAAGGUCCCCUGCCCCCUUGGCAUUGCUUUCCUGAGGCUGCAGAGUGGCAGCUUUGAAAAGGGGUGGGAGGGAAGUGGGUAGGUAGUCUACUGCUUUAGGAAGACAGGUUUCAAAGUGGUAUUUGGUGCCUGAAAUAAAGUAUUGAUCUAUGCUCUACUUCUCUCUUCCCCUCCCCCCCAAAAAAACCCCUUUGUGUUUCACCUGUGAGAAAGGUGACUAACUUCCCUGUGCAGAAUGAGAAAAUGAAGCAGGAACAGGUUAGGAUGUACUUGAAGUCUGAGAACAAAGCAAAAUAUCCAAGCCUCUUCCUCUGAUGUGCUUUCUUUUUCUUACAAAACCCUAUCAUGGGUAGCCUUUCCUUGUUUCUCCAGGGAUCCCUUUAUGCUCCGCUCCCAUGAUUUCCCCCACUGGUUAUCAGCUUCUUAGAACUGAACGGUUCACAUGGGCCCCACUUGGAUGUGCCCUUUGUCCAACCCCAUGUGCUGGUUUACUGCCAAUUAGAUAUUAAAAAUCCUUGACCAGAAAUGCCAAAUUCUGCAGGAUCAUUAUAAGCAGAAUAAAUCAUGUAAAUAUU